AUGGCGCGCAAAACACGAGCACUUGUGUAUAUGCAGUGCCGAUAGAUGUACGAGGCCUACACCGACAUGUGGAUGGUAUAUAACAUGGCCUUCAUCUACACGAUGGCGAGUCUGAUCACAGACGAUGUGGCAACAAGCUUGGCACGCCGAGACGUGACAAACCUCUUCAGCCCCCAAGACUGCAUCAACUUUCUUCGCUUCACGCAACCGCAGAUCAUGCUGAUGCUGGAUCUUCUCCUGAUCCCUGCGUUCAUCCGGACCGACUGUGGGUUUAUCGUGAGUGGGCGAGAGGCUCUUUGCGUGCUGCUGUAUCGCCUCGCGUUUCCAUGCCGUCUAAAAGACAUGCGCUUGGGUUUCGGGCUGAGCGAGUCCUGCAUCUGCGAAACGUUCAAUUGGAUGCUGCACUUCCUCGACUUCAAAUGGGGCUGGCUGCUCUNAAAAGACAUGCGCUUGAUUUUCGGGCUGAGCGAGUCCUGCAUCUGCGAAACGUUUAUUAAAUGGAUGCUGCACGUCCUCGACUUCAAGUGGGACUGGCUGCUCUCUGUUGACGGGGAGCGACUGAAGCCGAGGUUGGUGGAGUUCGCCGAAGCCAUAUACAACGCCGGUUGCCCUCUAACACACUGCUGGGGCUUCAUCGAUGGAACCGUCCGCGGCAUUGCGAGGCCCGUUCGCUUCCAACGGUGGUACUACAAUGGCCACAAGAGGAAGCAUGCGAUCACGUUUCAAGGCGUGGUUACCCCUGACGGUCUGGACUGGUGCAAAAGCUGGCAGCACACGUUAGCAGCCCCGUACUGCCUGUAUGGAGACCCGGCAUACGGCUUAAGCGAUCACCUCGUUUGCCCUUUCAGUGCCGCAUCCUACGGCCCGCUUACCCCCGAGAUGGUCGACUUCAUCCAGCGCAUGAGCCACUGCAGGGUAACCGUGGAGUGGGGCUUCAAGGAGAUGACUAGCAAGUGGGCGUUUGUAGAUUCUCGCUCUCAAUCGGAAACUUCGCUCUCAAUCGUGCGAAAACCCUGUUGUUCCUGA